UUGUAGCACAGCGACACAGUGCUGAGUGUGGAUACAUGUCGCCUGCCCUCAGCACUGAGUUAGUGACCUAGAUUUUCACUAGCGAGAUGCGGCUGAAUGUUACAGGAGGGAGUAAAGAGAUAUUUUCGGUUCCCACGUUAACAACAGACAACGAGACCUGGAGCUAACUGGCGGUCCACGGGGGCGUUUCAGCCAAAACCAAAACUUCCACAAGGACUUUGUUCACAGUUUAAAUUCACACUAAAAAUUGCCAAAAUGGAGAUUCACGAAGGGGCAGCGGCAGCGGGUGACGGCGUGCUUGAUUUCUCCCGAUUGAGUUUGAACACUUUCAGCGUUGACAGUAUCAGCGCCGAGAGGAAAAGAGACGCCAAACAGCUCUACUUGAAUCACAAUCGUCUGGACUCGCUCCCCUCGUCGGUCAGCCUUUUCUGCAACCUCGAGUUUUUGGACAUCAGUAACAACAGACUGACGUCCAUCUGUGAGGGCAUUACGCGAUUGACCAAGCUGAAAACACUGAUAGCCAAGAACAACCGCCUGGAUGAGUUUUCACUGCCCAAGGAGUUUGGCUCUUUGCAGCUGGAGGUGUUGAACUUUGGGGGCAACCGAUUUGAAGAGAUCCCGCUUCAGUGCAUGAAACUGCUGCGUCUGCAAUCACUUUCCAUUGGCGGAAAUAGACUGAAGAGUAUACCUGCAGAGAUAGAAAAUCUAACCAGUCUGGAACUGUUGUAUUUGGGUGGAAACCUCAUCUCAGCCAUUCCUCCAGAAGUGGCUAACCUGCCCUACCUCAGCUACCUGGUCUUAUGUGACAACCGCAUCCAAAGUGUCCCCCCGCAGCUCACUAGGCUCUACUCUCUGCGAUCUUUAAGUCUCCACAACAACUUGCUCACUUACCUGCCGAGGGAGAUCCUUAGCCUGGUGCACCUGCAGGAGCUCAGUCUGCGUGGGAACCCACUGGUUGUGCGCUUCGUCAAGGAGAUGACCUACGACCCGCCCUCGCUGCUAGAGUUGUCAGGACGUACCAUUAAGAGCAGAAAUAUUCCGUACUUUCCCCACGAACUGCCCUCAAACCUGCUGCGUUACCUGGACCUGGCCAGCAAGUGCCCUAACCCAAAGUGUGCUGGUGUGUACUUCGAUUCAUGUGUGCGCCAUAUUAAAUUUGUGGACUUCUGUGGAAAGUACCGGCUUCCCCUCAUGCACUACUUGUGCUCCCCCGAGUGCACAUCUCCCUGCAGCUCUAACCCCCAAAGCGACGCAGAGUCGGAGGAUGAGAGCAGCGUGCCGGCUGACCGCCUGCAGAGGGUGCUUCUGGGAUAAUGUGACACGGAGAAGCCUCUGACCCUCUGGCCAAGCCCAGCAUCAUCAGUCUGUCACUGUUUCAAUAUGUCUGCAAAGAUGGACUUGCUGUCAGACUUCACUACACAUAUAUGGACAAUCAUGCAUGCACACAAUCUCAAUAGAUGUAUGUGUAUGUUUUUGCAUACAGUUACUUAUAUGCACAGAAUGUGAGACAGUGGUCCUUUUCUACUGUGGCCAAACAUUGAAAAAAGGUUAACUGGAAUUUUUGAGUAGGAACUUUCUGUUCACUUUCACUAACAAAAGCAGACCUGCCAACUUGUGCACAUUUUUGUAGCAGGCAUGCAUUUUGACAUCAAAGUACGUUGGUACGAGUUGUUAUUUUAAGGUACACAAAAAGAAGCCAGUGGGCUUUAGGAUAAAUGGAUAAAUGGUAGCCAAGCCAGUCGAGACAUUAUGCUGGCAUGAUGGUUUCUUCUCUUACCAAUACACUCUGCCAAUAAAGAAAAACAAAAAAAGACUAAUGAAAGGUUACCUUGCACACUAGUUUUUAAUGUCAGUCUUGCCACGUUGUGUGGACCUAGAAGUAGCUGCAGGCCUCCCCAAAUCAGUCAAGCCCAUGUAUUUGUACUUGUCACUUGCUUGUGAGAUCAUAGAGACUGGAAACUCCUAAUCUUUCUCAAUGAAAUGAGCAGCAGUUUCAGUAGCGCUUACAGCGUACAGGUUGUUGCUAACUUCGGGGCUAUAUAAUGUGUUGCUGUCUUUCAACUGCUGACACAAAGCGUUGUCAAUAUUGAACUUUACCAGGAUUCAGUGUAGGGUGUACAAAAGCCUGUAGUAAGUUUAGGGAACACUUAGCCCUCUCUAGCCUAUAUUACCCACCACCCUUGUUUACACAUAUACAUGAGAAGUAACGUGGCCAGCUUCUCGCUGAGGAUACUUUUGAAGUAUCACCGUGAGCUACUGAGGAGAGAACUGAGGGGAGAGAGCGGUGUGUGUGCGUGUGUUGGUACUAUUUAGGAUUUAACUUUGCCUAGUCUUGGAAAACUUAAAGGAAACACCCCCAUUGCAAAUUAAGUACACAAUAAGUAAUGGAUAUAAUUAUGUACAAUAAUUCAUUCUGCCAACAGCAGUGAUUGGCAUCUGAAGUAUCUAGGUCGCAGAAGUGGUACUCAAAAAAUUCAUCCGUGGUUGGCAGGUCUGCACAAGUAAAGGAAACCUCUUUUUCCCAUGUAGCCAUGCAAAUCCAUAGUGUCACUCAUGACUCCAUCAAGGUGUUGGUCUCAUGGUUGAGCAUAGGAGGGCAGUAAAAGUCUGUUAGGUGAAGGAGCAGCAUGAUUUUUUCCCUUCUUCAGACAGCAUACUUUAUCUUUCAUGUGUCACUUUAUGCUUUAUAGUAGCUACAGCACAACUUUCUGCAUUUUCUGAAAGUUUGGAUAUGAACAAUGUGUUGGGGUUUUUUUCUGCUGGAAACGCACAGCCAGCUUUCAUUAACAUUUCUCAGACCGAGUGAGAAUCAAAGCUGCUGUGCAGUGGGAAAUUGUAAAAUGACUUUUAAUCUACAGUACUCUAAACUGAUAGAGACUGUGUGGGAUGGCCUUAUUUACACAGUCUGUGGUUCUGCUGGGCAAAGGAUUUGUGUAGUUGUCCCACGUAUUAGAAGUUCAAGGUGGCAAUCCGUUAUCAGUGUUUUUGUCAGCAUUGUGGUCAUUGCACACCAGUCUUGCAAAAGUUUGCCAUGAUGGCAUGUUUGUUUCAAGUUAACCCAGAACAUGGGUUAUGUGAGUAUGUGGAAGAAUGCCAGGCCUACUCACAGGAAGUGGAUGUGGGGCGGACCAGGGAAAACCACAGAAACAAAAGCUAUUCUGAAAAACACUGGUAGCCUUAAUGUUUUUGUUCAGGGAGGUUGAGGUUUUUUUCUGAGCAUAAACAUACAGAUGUGUGUGAACAGAGUCCACAGACAGAAAUGUAAUCUGAAUAGUUCUGAAUUUAGUCUGUUUGAGACAGAAACUCCACUCCUCUUUUCUGAACUGAAAUAGAUAGUGUUUCUGUUCCUGGUUAUAUCUCUGCUUAGUCUAUCUGCUUGUGUGGAAAGCUGGGACAUUUUAUUGUCUCCCAGUUGGACUAAUGGACAGUUUGUGUCACAUUAGACCUUAAUGUUUAGAAAACAGAGGAAUGCUCCCUUAUGUUACAGUAGCACCUAGAGUAUGAAGAAAUGUGAUAUAUGCACCCUGAAAUGUGACAAGAUUAACAAGAAUUAUUAAGUCUUUUUAAAGUGAUUUUGCUUCUUUCUUUUCAGCUUAACCACAGUAAAAAAGUAAAUAAUUUUUUUAACAAAAUAACUGCUUUUAUACAAAUCCUUUUUCAAAUGUAAAACAUUACAUAUUUAAAUGACAUGCAGAAUAGAUGGCACUUAAACAGAAAAUAUAUUGAUAUAUUAAUUGUAUGUACUUUUACCCCAUUCAGAAGAUGUAAGUAGACUGUACAGUAUAUAAUAACAAUAAUAAAGACUGAUUGUAAUA